CUCCCUCAACUAUCCCUCUCGCUCGAUCUCCAGCCACGCCGUCUUCAACGCCUCCGUCUCCGACGAGGGACGAUCAAGCAGCAAGGAACACAAGAAGUCACCAAGCAGCAAGGAACACAAGAAGUCAAGAAGCAAGAUCAUGUCAACAAGGAAGUAUGCAUCAGGUAGUGAAAAAAGGAAAAAGAGGAAGCGAGUAGAUGAAUUGAUAGAAUCGCAAAGAGGAGCUAUGGACAGAUUUUUUUCAAACAGAACAAGUACAGGCACGUCCAGAAACCCAGAUGAGUUGGCGCUUAUUGUUGUGGAGGAGCAAGCUAAUCCUAAUUUAGAAGAUGAGGUCCCGAUGCAGGAUAAUGAUGACAACUAUGUAAGUGAUCGUGACCAGCCUGCUACAGAACCUGCUAGUAGUCAUGAACAAUUUGUUUAUACCACGGAUAUUUAUGAUCCAAGAAAUUGGAAUAGUCUUGAUAACAAAGCUAGAGACAUAUUAGUGGAGAAGGGUCCUAUUAGACAUUUUAUUUACUUAAGGAAUAGACAGACACAUUCCCAUUUUCAUUCGAACAAUCGAACCUUGAAGUAAAUGAGCACGUAUUCAUUCUUAAA